AUGGAGGGAUGGACAUGGUCAGCUGGAGGUGGCUGGAGACGCUGGAGAUGGACGGACGGACCCCCCCAGGUGUACAAGGAGAAGCUCUACGGCAAGAAGUACGUGUGGUUCCUGAUUGGCUGGUACGCCGACAACUGGUUCCGCAUCAAGGACCCCGCCAUCAACUGCACCGAGGCCGAGAUGGCCGAGGCCGUGGAGGGGCACGUCACCACCGAGAUCGUGAUGCUCAACCCCGAGAACACCAGGAGCAUCUCCAACAUGACGUCGCAGGAGUUCAUCGAGAAGCUCCAGAAGAGGCUGGGGAAGAACCCCGAGGAGACCGGGGGGUUCCAGGAGGCCCCCCUGGCCUACGACGCCAUCUGGGCCUUGGCCCUGGCCCUCAACAAGACCUCGGCCGAGCUGGUCAAGAAGGGCUUGAGGUUGGAGGACUUCAACUACAACAACAAGAACAUCACGGACGAGAUCUACCGGGCCCUCAACUCCUCGGCCUUCGAGGGCGUCUCGGUGCGGCCCGGGGGGUCCCCGAGCUUCCCCGGGGGAUUUGGGGACACCCCCCUGUGUCAGGAUUUGGGGACACCUCCCCAAAUGGAGAAAACCAGGGAAAAUGGGGAAAACAGAAAGAGACUGGGGAAAAACCCAGGAGAAAAACAGGGAAAAACCAGGAAAAAUGGGUUGGAGGUCCCCAGUGGAAUGUCCUGGCCCUUUCCCUGCAGGUACAUCCAGAAUUCCCAGCCCUACCUGAACAACAUGACGGCCGUGGGCUGCACCCUGGCGCUCGCCGCCGUGUUCCCACUGGGACUGGACGGAUACCACAUCGGCCCCGGGAUGUUCCCCUUCGUCUGCCAGGCCCGGCUUUGGCUCUUAGGCCUGGGCUUUAGCCUGGCCUACGGCAGCAUGUUCACCAAGAUCUGGUGGGUCCACACCGUCUUCACCAAGAAGGAGGAGAAGAAGGAGAAGAGGAAGACUCUGGAGCCCUGGAAACUCUACGCCACCGUGGGGCUGCUGGUGGGGCUGGACGUGGUGACCUUGGUCGUGUGGCAGAUCGUGGACCCCCUGCACCGAACCAUCGAGUGAGGUUCUGGGGUCCCUGUUUGACCCCCCAAUCCCAUUUCCCCCCCCCUUUUUCCAGGGAUUUUUUAUGGGUUCAAGGGUCUCCUGCUCCUCCUCGGGAUCUUCUUGGCCUACGAGACCAAGAGCGUCUCCACCGAGAAGAUCAACGACCACCGUGCCGUCGGCAUGGCCAUCUACAACGUGGCGGUGCUUUGCCUCAUCACGGCGCCGGUGACGAUGAUCCUGAGCAGCCAACAGGACGCCGCCUUCGCCUUCGCGGCGCUGGCCGUCGUCUUCUCGUCCUACAUCACCCUCGUCGUGCUCUUCGUGCCCAAGAUGCGGCGCCUGAUCACGCGGGGGGAGUGGCAGUCGGAGCAGCAGGACACCAUGAAAACGGGAUCCUCCACCAACAACAACGAGGAGGAGAAAUCCCGGCUCCUGGAGAAGGAGAACCGGGAGCUGGAGAAGAUCAUCGCCGAGAAGGAAGAGCGGGUGUCGGAGCUCCGGCAGCAGCUCCAGGACCGGCAGCAGCUCCGCUCCCGCCGCCGCCCGUCCAACCCCUCCCGGGAGAACGGCGACAACAACCACUUCCCGCCGGGAUCGGGGGGAGCCCCCGCGGCCCCCCCGGGCGGGGGAGGGGGGACGGGACCCCCCUUCUACCAACCCAACCUGCCCCUGGUGCGCUGCCUCGUGUCCGAGCAGGCGGAGAAGUUGGGACGCGGGAAUUGCGACGGGAGCCGCGUCCACCUCCUCUACAAGUGACCCCGCCCCGGGGGCGGGGCUUGGACCGGGGGCGGGGCCUCUUUGACCAAUUAUUAAUGAGGUUUUUGGGAUAAUUGUGCUGGUUUGGGGUGUUCUCCACCUUUCCCGGGGUUCCAGGUGUUUCCUGGGAUCAGGUGGAAAAGCGGCGUGGGAGGGGCUUAAAUAAGGGGUGGGGCUUAAAUAAAGAGGGAGGAGCAGGAGAUGAGUUGGAAAAGUGGGAAGACCCCCCAAAAUUCCCCAAGGGUUGUCCUGAUCUCCUCUACAGUCAAUGCCCAGUUAUCCCAGAAAUCCCACAGCAUUCCCAUAAUCCUACAGUUAUCCCAUACAACCUACAGUUAUCCCAAAAACCUGACAAUCAUCCCCAGACCCCCUCAAGUUAUCCCAAACACCUCACAGUUAUCCCAAAAAUCCUACAGUGAUCCCAUAAAUCCCACAGCAUUCCCAGAAAUCCCACAGUGAUCCCAUAAAUCCCACACUCAUCCCAAAACCCCCAGUGAUCCCACAAAUCCUACUCAUCCCACACCACUCCUGGUGCCUUCCCACCCCCUCUCCACCCGUAGCAAUUCCCAUCCCUCCCCCUCUUCCCCAUCCCAGGAAUCCCCAUAAUCCCCUGUAGCUCCCUGACCCUGGGAUCCCAUUCCAGGGUUGUAUCCCAUGGGAAUUCCCUGGGAAUCCCCAAAGUUUUAGGUCCGGGCUUUGUCUCCAAGCCCGGCUUUGAAUCCACGCAGGGUGUUGUUCCCAAUCCCUCGGGAAUGGGACGGAUCCAGAGGGCGGGUUUUUGGGAUGGGGGUGGAUCCAGUGGGAUCAUCUGGAUGGAAUUCCACGUGUCCAGAGAAUUCCCGAAUUCCCAGACUGUUGUAUCCGGGUCCGGCCCCUCCUGUACAGCCGCACUUUACUGGGAAAACCGGACUCUUUUCCUUCUUCC